AUGCCAGGCGAAGAGGCUCCCAGAUUUGCUUGUGAUGAGUGCAGGAUAAGAAAAUUCAAGUGCACCAAAGAGCUGCCGUCGUGCGCAGUAUGCGUGCGACAAGGAAAGCAAUGCAUUUACAGCCCAAAAGCUGAGAGAACUCCUCUGACACGAAGCAAUCUUACCGUCGCAGAAGAUCGCAUACGCCAGCUCGAAGCCGCAUUUGCAGAACUCCAUCCAGAUGUCGACCUCGAUCAGUUACUAGAAACUACCUCAGACAAACCUUUAAGGAACUCCCGUCCUCAAAAUGCGGAAACGCUGCAACCGGAGGAUCCAGAUGUCAAGUCACGUGGAUUUAGAAGGGAAAGUGCAUCCCCUGGAGCAGAGGAGGCUCUGCCUCAGCAAGCAGAUGGCUUCGACUGGACAGAAGAAACCACGCUCAGUGGACUAUCGGAUGGGAUGGCGGCUUUAUCUAUCAAACCCGAGGGAACUGGGUAUCUUGGUGCAACUUCCAGUGUGAUGCCUCUUCGAGCUCUGUUGAGUGGAGAUCCAGGUAUGACUUCUUCAGAAAAGCCUCCGUUUGGGCAGCCAAUCAAUACCGGAGGCUUCGAAUUCCCGUACCUAGCACCUCCUCUGUCAGGUGUCUCGGAGCAAGUCUUCAUCGAUGCAUACUUUUGCUAUUACCAUACAGCUUACCCGUUCCUACACGAAGCAACCUUCCGAGCACAGUAUUCAGGCGAGCUGCUACGACCAAAGGGAAAGACGUGGCCAAUUUUACGAAACGCCGUCCUUGCGAUUGGUUCUUGGUGCAUUGGCGACGAUGAUUCCACGAUCGACAGGACAUUCUAUCAAGAAGUCAACUCCCUGUGGCAAGAUGAUGCGUCAGUAUUUGAGGCAGGUAACUUAUCAUUGGUACAAGCCCUUCUACUGCUCAGUAAUUACACACAAAAAACGAACAAACCGAACACAGGCUGGAAUUACCUCGGCUUGGCUGUGAGAAUGGCCCUGAGUUUGGGCCUUCACAAAGAAUUUCCCGAGUGGAAGAUCAGUCCGCUACAGAGAGAAAUGAGGAGAAGAGUCUGGUGGGGACUAUACAUCUUCGAUUCUGGAGCGUCCAUUACUUUUGGUCGUCCAGUGCUUCUUCCCGAAGAAAGUAACAUGGACACUAAUCAAGUGCUCAAUAUUCACGAACAGGAUUUGACAGCGGCAACUACCUCUUUACCACAAGAGAUCUUAAAACCUACGGCUUACUCGGCUCUGCGAGCGCAAGCUGCGCUGCAUUUAACCACGAACCAGCUUUACCAGCGCCUGAUUUCAACACCAGGGCCUACGUCUUCAGAACUCCUAGGCCUUCAAGCCCCUCUAGUCACAUGGCAGAGGUCCAUCCCUGCUUACUUCCAAGUUCACAGCCCAGAACUCCAGGCUAAUGACGCAUUCAUUCUCGCCAGGUAUCGUCUCUCAUGGCGAACUUGGAAUCUUCGUAUCAUACUGUUUAGACCUACCGUGCUACGCUGGGCGACCCAUCUCUGGGCUACAGGGCCACAAAAGAACCUUGCGGCAGACGAAGCAGACGAGAAGUGUCGGAUGCUCUGCUUGGAGAGUGCAAGGGACACUAUUGCUAGCAUAUCUGAAUACAUGGCGGGGAACCUGACUUCGAGGCUUGGUAGCUGGUACAUGCUAUAUUUCCUCUUUCAGGCGGGCUUGAUUCCUGUCAUCUUUCUUAUUACAAUGCCAACCCAUCCUUCUGCACAGUCCUGGCUCGAAGAUCUCCGCAUUACCAAGAAUCUGCUGUCGUUCGUGGCAGUUAAUAAUCGUCUUGCUGAACGCUGUUUAGAGACCAUAGACCGAAUGUGCGCUCCUCUACUCAACGCCUCGGAACCCGAAAUCCUGUUGCAGGACCCGAAUCUGUUCAAUGACGUUCAAUCGAUGUUCGUUGGUGAACAGGGUGAUGGUAGCGACUUUAUGGACUGGACAAAUUUCGGGUUACAGUGGGGAAUUUGA